AAAGAACUUCCUCAGAUAGAAACUUUUUCUACUCUUUCACCUAUCCCGGGAUUCACAAAGUGGCUUGUUGGUCUCCUCUCCUCACAGACAAAAGAACUGGAAAAAAAUGAACUUUUCACAGAGUCAGAACGGCAACAAAUCUCCGAGAUCACAGGGGACCCUACUACUGAAACGCUAAAGAAACUCUUAAACAACAACGAGUGGGUGAGAUCAGAAAAACUGGUCCACGUGCUGCGUUCCCCACUGCUGAGGCUCUGCGCCUGGUAUUUGUACGGGGAGAAGCACCGUGGCUACGCCCUGAACCCCGUGGCCAACUUCCACCUGCAGAACGGGGCGGUGCUGUGGCGCAUCAACUGGCUGGGGGACAGCAGCCCGCGGGGCCUGGCCGCCGCCUGCGGCAUGAUGGUCAACUACCGCUACUUCCUGCCCCACGCCGCCGCCAACAGCGCCGCCUACCUGGGCUCCCAGCACAUCAGGGCCUCCCAGCAGGUCCUGGCCCUGGUGGCUCAGUUCCAGCAGAACAGCAAGCUUUAG